AUGUCAAUCAUGCAGCCGGAUUAUUGGUCUCCGUCCGGCUGCAGCACAGCAUCGCCUGGCGGGGGCACCCUCGGGUGCAGCCUGCAGCCUCUGUCACCGGCAGCUGACAACCAAGAGGUACAAAAAAAAAAAAAAAAAAAAAUGAAUCUGUCGUUUUAUUGUAUCAUAAUUCUCACACAAUGCGAUUCUCUCCCUUUCUUUCUCCCCCCAGGAUGCGGACAGCGGCGCUUCGGACUGUCUCGUCCCCACGGCGGGCGGCACCUCGCCGGCUCGGAGGCGCCCCCUGCGGCCGAGCGUGGUGCCCCUCGUCUCGCCUUCCAGCAAGAAGGCCAAAGCCGCCGCCUGCACGAAAUUCCAGAAGGACGAGUCUUCCAAAGACGAGGACGAAAGGAGGCGGAUUCGCCGGGAGAGGAACAAAAUAGCUGCGGCAAAAUGCCGGAACAGGCGUCGGGAGCUGAUCGACGCCCUGCAAGCUGUACGUGUGGAAGGGAGAAAAAAAAAAGUUGUUUUGCUUCAAAGAGCACGCGAGCGCUGCCUCCUUUUGUUUUUUUGCCCCGUCAGGAAACUGACCAACUGGAAGACGAGAAGUCGAGCCUCCGGUCGGAGAUCGACGAGCUCCUGAAGGAGAAGGAGCGACUGGAGCGGACGCUGUCAUCCCACGAGUCCUCCUGCAAACUGGACAAGGACGACGAGGGAGAGCGGGACGUCACGAUGCCGUCACCCGAAAGCGACGCCGAGGGCCCCCGCGUCCCGGCCGCGGUCAUUUUCGGCAACUCCGACAUCCUGCUGUGCUCCGGCGCCGAGGACGACGAGACCCCGGAGGACGACCUAGACGACCUCGUCCCGGAAACGGAGGCGGCGGCCGCCUCCGGGGACGUGGGGGCGGCGGCCGGGGCGUUCGUGCCCGACGUCGGAGAUCUGAGCGGGGCGCUGUGCCUGCCCGACUGGGAAACCUUGUACAGGUCGGUCGCCGACGACCUCCGAUGGCUCAGCGGCAACUUCCGCACCUGCGGCGUCUUCUCCUUCGGCCUGGCCGACACGGACGCCUUGGCGGAGGGCGGCGGGAGCGGCCCGGAAGACGGCCUCAACUCCCCGACGCUCCUGACGCUGUGAAUGCCAGAAAAAAAAAAAAAAGUUAUGCAAUGAUCCAUCCUCUCUGAAAUACAGGCAAGCCCCGUUUCUCGCAGGCGAAACGUUCCAGACGCACCCGCGUUAUUAACCGCAGAAAAAAAAAAAAAAAAAAAACAACGUUCCAAAAUACCAGGUUUCUGUAUCGGAUCGAUACUGGCCUUAUUUCAAGGUAUCGGCUACUUGCGAAGGCUGCCGAAACCAGCCACCGAUAUUUACGGCAAAAAAAAAAAAACGACAGUAAGUCUUCCGCGCCAGUAGUUGGCGCUACGCUGCGGAAGUUUGACAAUGGCAAUUCGUCGUGGGCGGCCGAAAGAAAAAGAAAAAUCUUUGUUCACAAAUAUGUUAUUGUGUUAAUCCAAGUUUUAUGUAUCAAAAGCACUAGUGGUAUCGGUGCUUAGUAUCGACGAGUACUCAAGAGUGAAGACUCGUACCGGUCGCGGCCUGAAAAAAGUGCUAAGGAACAUCCAGAGUUUUACCCCGACAACGCACUUUACAAACCCACUCAAACGUAUUAAAAGUCACUUUUUGAAGUAUUCCUUAGCACCUGGUUUCGCUCUCGCGGUUCUCCAAAAAAAGAGGCGCAGUGUGUGUGUGUGUCAGUCACACAAAGCGAGAGAAUUCAACACUGUACAUUUAAAGGCCAAAAGGUUCAACCGAACCAUACGAUCGCAAAAGUUAGCUAACUUGCUCAUGCAAAAUGUCAUAGACGGGCUAAGAGAAAUGAGCACCGAUGUGAAGGUAAUUACAAACCGUGAAACGACGACACACGCAGAGCAGCACUUACUCAAAUGUAUCUAACUUCACUAUUUUCACGGGUUAUUGAUCAAUCAAAUCAAAGCAUCCAGACUUACAAUCUUGAGGCGACGCAAUGCCGCACGGCUCCCGCAGAGUGUGCGGAGAGUUGAGCGUUCAAGACGGUUAAACGAUUUGUUCCCAAGCUAUUUUCAAUUGGUUAAUGAAAUAACGUGUACAAAUAACGGACGAUGUGUGCACAGACCAAUAGUGUCCAUCUGUGAAACAAUAUCGUACAUUCCACAUAUACUAUAAUAUAUAUCGUAAGAACACAUGAAAAAGGAUUUGAGGCGAUAUAGUGGGGGUCAAAGUAUUUUUGUUUCUUUUGUGGUGCACGUUUGCUGUUGUGUAAACAUCCGACGGCGACUUUUGAUGGCAGCGGUGAAGAAUUCGACCGUUGCGGUGGCGCAGUUCUCCAAAAUGGGAGCUUGCAAAACAUGCAUGCAAAGAAAGCCCUUCUUAGAACUGUGCUGUAUCCCUCACAUGUGACGUCCAGCCGGAUCCGUACUUGUCGUUGCCGUAGACGAACGCGUGAUGUAACGAAUACGAAAACAUAGCAGGCGUGUACACGUACAUGUACCGUGUGUAUCUUGCCAGGUCAUGUGAAUGUCGCGCCAUCUGUACUUUUACCGGGACGUAUUUUAUCACAUAGUUUAUUUUUGUAUGUAUGAGAACUAUCCGAUGGAAGGGGGAAGAAAUAAAAAGUGACAUUUCAACA